CUCCUCAAACACUCCGGCUGAUCACUCUGAACGCAGCAGACGAGCCACUGUGUCAUUUUUUUUGUCCUCACAAGGAUGCAGACCUCCAAGGUUGGACAUGGUUUUUGCAACAAGUCGUCCUUCAGCAUCAGCAGCCUCUUGUGGAACGAUGAGCAGAAGGAGCAGAGAACGAAACAACUUUUCACUUGUGAGAAGAUUGUGAGAAAUAAAGAAAAAGCAGAGAAGCCUCCUUUUAGUUACAACGCUCUCAUCAUGAUGGCCAUCCGCCAGAGUCCUGCAGGACGACUCACUCUGAGUGGCAUCUAUGAGUUCAUCAUGCACAACUUCCCUUUCUAUAGGAACAACAGACGGGGAUGGCAGAACUCCAUAAGGCACAACUUGAGUCUGAACAAGUGUUUUGUCAAAAUACCUCGCCACUACAACGACCCGGGUAAAGGCAGCUACUGGAUGCUGGACUCCUGCAGCGAGGAUGUCUUCAUCGGGGCCAUCUCAGGGAAGCUCCGGCGCAAGAGCAGGAAUACAGGAGGAACCAAGUUUGCAGCCAAAGGAGCGCAGAUUCGUGUAGUGUCCACCAGCAGCUCAUUUUACUGGCCGGUGCCGCUCCCGGCACCACUAGUGCGCACCCAUGAAGCAGGCUCGCAACCAGGCUUCUCACGCCACGCCGUGCAGCUUCUGCACGGGACACGACCACCCGGUGCUAGCGGAAUCACGCAGGCGCACUAUGCGACGUCUUCCGGCGUACUCGGCUGCCGCGGACAGUCCGGAACCGGCUGCGGGUCUUUCUCCACAUCCACCCCUACAGCAUGCACCUGGUCUCUGCAGGAUCAACGUCCCCUCGGCUUCUACUCGCAGCAAAUACCAUGCAACCCAUGCCGUGAUGGCUGCACCAUGGACAUGGGGGAGUGCGGGGGUGACUUCCGAAGUUACUGCCACCCAGUCACCCAUACAUAUCCUAUUUAA